AUGUCUUUUUAAAAUGAUAUUUGUUACAUUCAUCAUAGAGAUAUCUUCUAUUACUGCAACAACAAAAACUGUGUUUCUAGAAAAGAUACUUUACUUUGUUAGAAAUGUUAUGAUACCAAUGAACACGAAGAAUGCAAAGAAUUAAAUUAUGUCAAACCUAUUUAUCAGAAAAUAGAUGAUUUUGAGGAAAAUAGGUUAAAAAGCUAAGCUUCAACUAAAAACCUAGUAGAAAGUAAGAAAAAUUUGAUAUUCAAAAAGUAAUAAUUAUUUUUAUUAUUUAAGAAAUAUUUAUAUAAAGAAGGAGGGGAAUUUAAAAAUUGAAAAAGAUGCUCAGAAUGUUAUUGAUUAGAAAAAUUCUGAAAAUUUAAUGAGAAAUAUAUUAAGUCAUUACGAAGAAGAUUUCUCCAAAUCAAAAAUAAUACCUAUGGAAGAAAAUUUUUUAAAAAUUGAUAAAUAACUUUAAGAGAUGAGAUAAAAUUGGAUUUAAGAUUAUUUUAAACCUAAAAAUUUAGAAAGAUAAAUUAUUGAAAAAACAAAAUCAAAUUUAUAAAGCAGCAGCAUUCAAAAAUAAAACAAAUCUACUGAGAAAAUGAUGGAAAUUAUUUAAAAACUAUAAAAUGAAGAGAUUGGAAAUAAUUAAUAAUAUGCAAUAAAUGAUUCUAUUAUAGAUAAUUCAAAAGCUCUUAUUUAAAAAGAAAAUUCACAAAUUUAAUUAGAAGAAAAAUAAGAAAAUAUUUUCUAAUUACAAAGUAUUGAUUCUAGUAAUAACAACUCAAUAGUAUGUUAGGAUAAAUAAUUGGACUUUAAAAGCGAAUACUAAUAAGAAGCAUAGUUUUAAAUUUAGUAAAAUUCAACUUCAGAUUAGGUAUAAACAUCUGAUGUAAAUCAGUUUAAAAAAAUAAAAUAAAAUGUAGCCUAUAGAAAAUUAGAUAGAAUAGACAUUUUAAAUAAUCCUUUAGUAAAAAUCGAAAUUAUUGAUAGCAAGAUAUUGAUAUGUUUCGAUUAAAAUAAUUAUAUUGGUUUGAUAAUUGGUUAUAAAUACAAGAAGUCCCAGAUAUAAAAUAAAAGAGUUGAAUAAUUUAAAUAACAAAUUCUUGAUAUUUAAAUAACAGAAGAUAAAUAAAUUCUUGUUCUCACAGUCAAGGGAUUAUUACUUUUGGAUUACGAACUUAAAACCUUAGAUGAAUUGGAUGAGAAAAUUGAGAUUAAUCAUCUAGCCAUAUGUCCUAUGUCAAAAAUAAAAGAUGUAGAAACUAAUGCUGUUUGUUAUCUUAAAGAUAGUAAAAAAUUAAUAGGAAUUUAAAUAAGUAACAAUCAAAUAAAAUAAUCAUUUGAACAAGACUUAAAUUUGGGUGAAAUAUAAGUUCUAUCUAUGAAAGUCAUAAAAAAUAAUUUAUACAUUGGAUUUUAAAAUGGAGUAAUUUUUGAAUACGAACUUUUAAUGUUGACUCCAAAGAAUACAUACAAAAUUUGUAAUGAUUUACAAAAUGAAUUUUCAACAAUUUUAUUUGAGGAAAAAUUUUGUUUAGGAAUUAAAGAAAACAAUCUCUAUAGACUAGAUUAUGGAAGUUAAGCUACUAUUUUAUGUUCUACAGAAACUAAAAUUAUUUCCUGUUCAUAUUAUAAUAACUAAGAAUAGAAUAAAUUUAGCAUUCAUUUAUUAUAAGAAAAAUAAGUAAAUAUUAAUUUAAAUUUAAUUAGAAUAUCUUUGUAUAUUCCAUAAUCAACAAAGAAAUUACUAAAAGCAAAAGAUUAUUAAAAGGAAGAACAUGCCUGAAGCUUUACUAAGAUUCCAAAGUUUAUUAUGGAAAUUAAAAAGGAAGAGUAACAAUUUAUCAUAUAUGAAG